GAUCAGCACCGUUCUCCACAUCAUCAUGGGAGUCAUGACUGUGUCUGUUUUCUGCAUCCUCCUCACCUUCCUGGUGACUGAGAGUUUUGCAGUUCCAGGCCGGAAGGAGUGUAAUUAUGGGUUUUCUCGACCAAACCCCUCCUGGAAGUCAUGCUACCUUUUGGACCAAAAGUUAAGAUCAUGGUCUGAUGCAAAGGAGCUAUGCCUUCAAAAAGGUGGAACCCUAGCUUCUAUCAAAAACAAUGAACAGUUACAAUAUGCAUAUGAGAUGAUUCCAGACGGAUAUUUCUGGGUUGACGGGAACUAUGUGUCUGGAUUUCCCCAGAAUAACUGGUUGCCGGGUUCAAAGCCAGGUGGGACAAAUGCCGACUGCUUGACAUUGGUGAAAUUCCCUGCGGGAAGAGGCUUUAGUGAUAUUGCCUGUUCCGAAAAAAUUGACUCUGCCUACGCUCUCUGUGAGUCCUAUGCUACCUACUGAAGUGUCCACUCAGAGAAUACAAAGGGAUGUUCUUUUUGUACUAUUGCACACACUAUUUAGACUUUACUUUAAGUGAAAGACACAGAGAAAAUUAUAAGGUAUAUUAUGGCUACCUAGAGCAUACCUACAUUUAUUCAGGUGUGACCUUUUAUUAAAUAGUUUCUUAUUUUGUAAUGGAAUUGUAAUAGUGUUAUGGAAGCUUUUUAAAGGCCCUGUGAAGUCUAAUGUUCUUUGUUUUUUUUGUUUUUUGUAAUAUUUCUACACUAUGAAGUGGAAACAACACACUGAAAUUGUGACCAUAAUUAUUAUUCCCUUUUUUUGUAAGAGCUGUAUAGAAUGUCAAGGAUUUAUUAGCCGUAUAGUGAAUAAAAAAUAUUACAAAAAACAUGUUUUCUUUAGAUACAAUAGCAAAAAAAUUAUAUUCAGAAUAUCUAAUUAAUAAGUCAAUAAUUGUGUCUUCUUCAUUUGUUCUUGCAUUCAUGCCUCUCAAUUUUCAAUAAAGACU